ACACCGUGAGAAGGAGCGUCUGCGACUGCCUAGACGGGACGGGCGUGGCGUAGGCGCGGGGUGUAACCUGAAAAAGCGGGACUUAGUGCGUCCCCGCUUGGGGGGGCCACUCCUAAGGGCACUACAGAGUCGUUCCAGACUGCGGGUGGGGUGAGCUCAGGCAGAGGAAUCACCAGAGUGGAAAGCAGGGACGUAGGUAUAAGAGAAGGACCUGUGGGUCAGAGGAAUGGGCGUGACCCAGGGGACAAGCAUGUGACAAGACCCGUGCAGAGGCGGGGCCACGGAGUAGCGUACGGGACGCAAAGUACGUAACAGGAAGAAGGGCCGUGACGUAGGCGGAGCGCCAGGGCGUACCUUGAACAUGCGCGGGCGACACGUAUGUGAGGGCGCGACAAAGCCCGUCCGGCUCGAAGGAGGGGUGGGCUCAGGCGUAGGACGGAGGCGGGGCCACGUUAGCGCGUAGGCGCGUGGCCGCGGCUGCAAGCCCAGAGCGAUGGCGGCAGAGGGGCAGCCAGGGCAGAGAACAGGUGCGGACCCAGAGAGCUGGUUCGGGUUCUGACGCAGUGAGCAAAUCCAAGGCAGGACUUACAGGGCUUUGUCUGGCAUUUGGGCCGGGCGACGACACAUGACGUAUUACGCGCGAUGACGUGUACGGCGUGAGGGGCGUGGCGAGGCGCGACCGGACGUGUUCAAGAUGGCUGCGCGCAUGAGUCUCUCCGGCCCGGAGUGGAGGGGUCCGCGCUCAGGGAAAUGUUUGGGUUCCUCGGAUCCUGCACGUUAUCUGGGGCCCGAUCGAGAUUUCAAGCUAAACAUGGUGGCGAUGAGUAGCCUGAGGGCCAUCCUGCAGGCCUCUCCAUGCAGGUCACUGUGGAGAAGAUUCCAGAUGUCCAGCUUCCUGCCGGCGAGGCCCUGCAGCCUCUACACGUGCACGUACAACUCCCGGAACCGGGCCUGUGAGUAGCUGCUGCCUUGGAGAGCGCAAAACGCUGUACCUGGCGGNNNNCGCCAGUCGCCCAUCAACAUCCGGUGGAGGGACAGUGUCUAUGAUCCGGGCUUAAAACCGCUCAGCGUCUCUUACGACCCCACCACCUGCCUCCAUGUCUGGAACAACGGGUACUCCUUCCUCGUGGAAUUCGAAGAUUCUACAGAUAAAUCAGUGAUUGAGGGAGGACCCCUGGAGCACAUCUACCGGCUGAAGCAGUUCCAUUUUCACUGGGGCGCCAUCGAUGCUUGGGGCUCGGAGCACACUGUGGACAGCAAGUGCUACCCGGCAGAGCUGCACUUGGUACAUUGGAAUGCAGUCAAAUUUGAAAACUUUGAAGACGCAGCACUGGAAGAAAAUGGUUUGGCUGUGAUAGGGGUAUUUUUAAAGCUAGGAAAACGUCACAAAGAGCUGCAGAAAUUGGUGGACACUUUGCCAUCCAUCAAGCAUAAGGACACCCUGCAGGGGGCAGAAGGGACCGUCUUGGUCACGUGCGCGCUGACCGCCUUGGUUCUGCUGCCUUGCCACCGAGCUGGGGACUCAGGAACAUGGUGCCGUCCCCUCCUCUGCUCAGACCCCUCACCUUCGAAGUGCCCGAGGACGCCCUCAGCAGCUCUGUUGGCCGGACCUCCAGUCCCGCAGGCAGGGAGCAGGGAAGAGAGGGACGGGCACUUGGCCAGCCGGGAAGAGCAGUCCCCAGCCCGGCAGCAUGGCCGCCGUGUCCAGGCCUUAGGAUUAGCUGUUCCUUCCCGACAGUCCCAAAGGGGUGCUCCCGGAGGUCCUCACCUGCCCUCUGUCUCCCUUGAGCAGUUUCGGACCCUGCUUUUCACUUCAGAGGGGGAGAAAGAGAAAAGAAUGGUGGACAAUUUCCGCCCCCUUCAGCCCCUAAUGAAUCGCACUGUCCGCUCUUCCUUCCGUCAUGAUUAUGUACUGAAUAUACAGGCGAAACCCCAGCCUUCAACUCACCAAACGACUCCCUAAGAUGCUCAUAUCUAACUAGUACUUUGCUUUAAUGAAUAGCUUUUUAGAGAUUGCUAACGGGACUAUUCUAAAUACCCGCAUUUGAUAAUAAUUGUAGAUGCACAUUUCUUGGUGUGGCCAUGCUCCUUCAGUCUUUGAGGAAAGCUCUUUGGUAAAUAAGUUCUUAACUUUUAUCAUUAAUGAUGUUUAACACUGACGUAGCAGUAAGAGACACAACUUUGUCCUACAGCAACCUGUUGGUAAUUGUAAUGUUUUGUUAUGUCUGAUAUCUGAGAUGUCCUCUUAUGUUUAUUAGUUAGUAACUCUGUAGAGUUAUAAGUACGGAUGGUAAUCAAAAUAUUUAACACGGGUAAGGCGCAGAAUGCAGGCCUUUCAGAAAGGGCUCCAGGGCCCAGACUGGUACUUCCGGCUAGCUGAACAUUGGCCAUGGUUUUAGGGAUAUUUCAUUUCAAAAUCUGAAUGUAUAUUCUUUUAUAAGGCCUUCUCAACGAGUAUAUUUGCCUGAUCUUUUGUCGUUAUCCCUUGUACAUGAUAUGCUUACUGACUUACUAUCAGUUUAUGAUCUAGAAAAAAAUAUUUUGUAGCUCUAAGAAAACAAUUUACUUAUAACCAGGAAUCCUUGUGCACUUCUGAAGAUCAAAUCUUUAACUUCAAGACCUGACUGUAUAGAAAGCAUAUACAGGUAAUUUUAAAGAAAAUGCUUGAAGUUCCUGGAAUUUAAAAUUCUUUCAUGCUUUAUUUACAGAAAUCUCUUUCAAAAGACUAAUAAUAUAACGGUCUGUAGUUUAUAGUGUUAUUUGCAUUGUUUGUACACUGUUUCAUAGAAUAUAAUAUUUUCCACAAUGACGGAACUAUCUUGUCUUUCCUUAAAAACUGCCUGAACUUUAUUUUUUUAGUUGAGGUUCUGUGCAAGGCAGGCACUCAACACAAAUCUCAACACGAAUGUAAUGGUUUAAAUGACCUCUAGAGAGAAGAUUGACGGGCUAAAACCUAGAGAAUUCUACGUAUUUUGGGGAAUCUGUGCCAUUGUUGCCUUUACUUGUAAAUAUCUUGGAAUGUUUCUCGUUGCCUAUAAGCCUGUGUUCAAACUCAAUAUUGCAGUUACUAGUGGUAUUUCUUUCAUUACUAUGCUAGUCAUCUGACCUGCAACGUAGGGUUGGAUGAGUAGACUUGACACUACUGAGCGAUAUACUGAAAAAAGUCAAGAUGGUAAAUUUUAUGUGUAUUUUACCAGAAUUAAAAAUAAACAAUACAUUUAGUAGGAAAAAAAAAAAGGGUUGGAGUUGUAUAUGUAAGUUUCCGGGGGGAUACCUGCUCAUAAAAAAGGGAGAAGCUGCUCCCGGGUGGCCCAUUCCAUUAAGCAUCAGACUCUUGGUUUCAGCUCAGGUCAUGAUGAUCUCACGGUUCGUGAGAUUACGCCCCGCA